CCCCGCGCCAGCCCCUCCCCGCGCGGCCCGGCCCCUUCCUUCCGUCCUCCCGGCCCGCCGCUGUCCUCCGCCGGCCGGCGUGGGCGGACGAUGGGUCAGCGUGGAAAAAGUGAAUGAGGGCGGCGGCAGCAAGCGCCUGACUCGGCCGGGCCCGCCGGCUCCAUGGACGCGCAGCUCGCCUCGGCGGCCAAGCCCCCCACCGGGAGGAAGAUGAAGGCUCGUGCGCCCCCUCCUCCCGGGAAGGCUGCCACCCCGAACCUGCACAGCGGACAGAACCCUCCCCGUGGCGUGUCCCCCGUCUGUCAGCAGAACCCGCCCCACGUGCAGGACGACCCGCGGGACAGCGCAAUGGACGUCACCGUGGUUCUGCCCAGUGGAAUGGAGAGGAGGACCGUGGUGAAUGGCAGCUAUGCCAUGAUGGACCUCCUGGUUGAAUUGUGCCUUCAGAACCACCUGAAUCCAUCUCACCACGCCCUGGAGAUCUGGUCCUCGGAAACCCAACAGCCUUUGAGUUUUAAGCCAAAUACUUUAGUUGGGACUCUGAAUGUGCACACUGUAUUUCUGAAAGAAAAAGUUCCAGAAGAGAAAGUGAAGCCUGGACUGCCUAAAGUGCCUGAGAAGUCUGUGCGUUUGGUAGUGAACUACCUGCGGACGCAGAAGGCCGUUGUGCGUGUCAGCCCCGAGGUGCCGCUGCAGAACAUUCUCCCGGUCAUCUGUGCGAAGUGUGACGUCAGCCCCGAGCACGUGGUGCUGCUCAGGGACAACGUGGCCGGGGAGGAGCUGGAGCUCUCCAAGUCCCUGAACGAGCUGGGCAUCAAGGAGCUGUACGCGUGGGACAAUAAGAGAGAAACCUUUAGAAAAUCAUCACUGGGCAAUGAUGAGACAGAUAAAGAGAAGAAAAAAUUUCUGGGAUUUUUCAAAGUUAAUAAAAGAAGCAAUAGUAAGGUGGAGCAGCCCCGGCUGUUGGGGGUGGACAGUGACGAGGACGCCUCACAGCUGACACCGGCCAGGAGCUCAGACGGCUGCUUGACGACGCCAAACUCCCCAUCGGUGAAUUCCCGGUCCAUGACGUUGGGUCCAUCCCUCUCGCUGAGCAACAUCUCGGGGGUGUCGGUCCGGUCGGACAUGAAGAAGCGCCGUGCCCCUCCCCCGCCGCCCCUGCUCCGGGCCGGGCCGCCUGCACAAGACAAGGCAUCAGAAAAGGUGUCUCUGGGGUCACAGAUGGACUUACAGAAAAAGAAGAGGCGGGCGCCAGCCCCCCCGCCACCACAGCCCCCACCGCCCAGCCCCCUGGUGCCCACGCGCGUCGAGGACCGGGAGGAGAACAGGAAGAGCGCGACUGGUGUUGGACGGCAGGUGCCACAAAAGCCUCCCAGAGGCAUGGCUCGGGGGCCCCCACAAUUAGUCCUCCCCCCGCCCCCGCCUUAUCCUCCUCCAGACACAGACGUUGCAGAGCCUCUCAGCUUUCCCGGGGAAGGCGCUGCUUCCGAGGCCUCCAACUUGAGACCCACACUGAGCCUGCCCCUGCGGCCCGGCAGCCCCUGUGGCAUGGACGGGGCCCCCCUGCUGCCCUCAGAGGCCGAGGAGACUGUGUCUGUCGGCAGCUGUUUGGCAUCUGAGGACACAACUGAGGACUCGGGGGUGAUGAGCUCCCCCUCAGACAUCGUCUCCCUGGAUUCCCAGCACGACAGCACCAAGUCCAAAGACAAGUGGGCCACAGACCAGGAGGAUUGCAGUGACCAGGACCUAGCUGGAACCCCGGAUCUGGGUUCCCAGAAGAGCCCCUCGUGGGAGAGGAGCUGCCCUGGGAACUGGCAUUUGAGAACUGAGAAAGCUGCAACAGCCUCCAAUGAUGACAGAGACCUGUUUGUCACUGGACAGUUCCAGCAAACCCUGGCAGAGCUGGACGGCGAUUUGGAAGAAAUGGAAGAGAGUUACGAAAGUGACAGCAGCUCUCUCGCCGGCUCCAUCAAUGGGGUGUCUCGUCCCUACAUGCGAGGUGCUGUCGUUGCCGAGAGUGACGCGGACGUGAUCCCCGUCACAUUCAUAGGGGAGGUUUUCGAUGACCCUGUGGAGUCGCCAUUGUUUUCCAACAAAAACAACAACGCUGGCUCUUUUGACAGGGGCAGCGCAGCCAGCAGGCUGUCCUGCCUGCCUCCCGCCCAGGCUGGGCCCAGCCAGCAGCAUGGCAGGAAGAGGGCGGAAGCGCUGGCCUCACCCGCCCCUGCCCGGGACGCUGGGAGAGAAGCCAGAGCGGCCUCGUGCGACACCCGUAAAGAUGUGGAUCCAGGGGGAAUGGAGCCCAGGGUGACUGCUGCCUCAGAGCUGCACACACAUGACCUGCAUGCACAGGACAGAGACAAGGAACGUGGCUCUGCUCCUGGUGGGAUGGCGCAGGCCGUCAGGAGAGCAACUUCUCCGCCGCUGGAGGAGAAGGGAGACGACACUAAGGACGUCACAGCACCACUCUCAUGGUGUCAGCGAGGCCAAAACCCAGGGGGAAGUUUCGGACUUAAACAUGGUCUCACAACAUACAAAAUUGUCCCCCCGAAAUCAGAGAUGAGGUGUUACGACAGGGGAGUAUCGCUGUCAACGGGCGCCAUUAAGAUUGACGAGCUGGGGAAUCUGGUGAGCCCCCACGUGAAUGGGGGCAGGACCAUCGCCCUGUCGUCCUCUGCUCUUGAAAAAGAGACGCAGCCCGUUGGAAAAGUCAGAGAAUCCCGGAGGUCCCACUCUGUGGAAAAGCACUCUGGCUGGCACACAGAGGGCUCGGCCAAGAGACCGGUCACCCCCACCCUCGCCGCGCCAGCAAAACCGCUGCGUCCCGAAAGCAGGCUCGGAGCAGAGCCCACCUUCCUGGACCCCAAAGUGACGUCGCCCCAGCAGCCGUCCCCCCAGCAGGACGAUGGGAGACAUCUCGGGGCGGGCGAGAGCCGGCCACCCACGGCAGUCACUUCUCCCACGAAAGUGCCAGCAGCUAGUGCCGCACAAGUCCUGUUUCUGAAGCCCCAGAGAAGAACAUCCAGUCAGUAUGUGGCCUCUGCCAUUGCCAGGCGGAUAGGGCCCCCGAGAGCCCACGCCGACAUGGCAAGGCAGCGUGACAAUGCUGGGAGGACCCGUGCGGGUAGGGCGCCAGGGCUCACCGGGUGGUCUCCUGCUGCGAAAGCUGCUGCCACCUCCAGCCCCAGCCCAGAGUCCUGCUUAGGUAAAGAUGAGGCAAAGUCGCCGUGUGGUCACCUUCCCAACACCAACGGGGAAGAACCAGCAGUAGGAGCCCAUCCCAGAGGGCAUGGAAAGCUGUCCACUCAGGACUGCCCUGCUGGCACCCACAGAAGUUCCUACGUCCCAGUAGUCACAGCUUCCCACAGGGAUCAUGUUUUCCUGGGGCAGAGCUGUGGUUUCGGCGGGAAGCAAAGCACCGGCCACCACGGGCCCAGCUCAGCGUCCGACCCCACGUGCCGGCCGGCCAGCACCAGCCCCCCACCUCCUCGCUCGGGAGAGGAGCCGGCUCCUGACAGGGCCCUGGUGAAUGGCUCCAGGUGGGUCCCCGUCCACACCGAGCCCCCGCCCUCUCCGAGAGCGUCCAGCAUGAGCAGCCACGCCGUCCCCGAGCAGGAGCAGAAGCCCAGUGUGUUAUGCACGGACAUACAUGACGCCGACGGCCCAUCCCCACCCAGCAUCUUCGGGCCAAAGAAGAAGUUCAGACCUGUUGUCCAGAGGCCGGCACCCAAAGACACAUCGCUGCACAGUGCCCUCAUGGAGGCCAUCCACUCGGCGGGCGGCAAGGACAGGCUGCGCAAGACUGCAGAGCCCAGCUCAGAGGGAGGGCUGAAGAAGCCGUCCUACACAGACACGGAAAGCGAGCAUUCGGCCCUGCUGGCAGCCAUCCGAGGGCAUCGCGGUGCCAGCAGCCUGCGGAAGGUGACGUCCUCUGCCUCUGAGGAGCUCCGGAGCUUCCGGGAUGCUGCGAGGUCUGCAAAUGGCUCGGGAGCCACAGGGCGAGAAGAGCUCGGCGGUCGGCCCCCGCCCGCCCUGCCGCCCCCAGCCCCUCCGGCUGCCCCGGCUCUCCCCACAUCCAGGGCAGUGUCCAGAUCCAGCUCAGGCCCCCUCGACAACCCGGUGGACGCCAGGCAGGCUUUGAUGGACGCCAUCCGCUCAGGCACCGGGGCCGCCAGGUUGAGAAAGGUGCCCCUGCUUGUGUGACCCCACAGUAAGACCAGAGCGCGGCCGAGACCCACCUGCCAGACGCCCACAGUCACCGCGGGAGCACGCCCCGAGCGAGGGCCUCAGGAUUCGCUGUGCUUCCUUGUCUGCAGGCCAAACCUCGUCGUCGUUGAUUUCCGUCCUGUGUAAUGGCUCAAGGGAGGGGAGCGCCGCUCUGCUGCGUGGCUGUGUGCCAAGGAAAUGUAUCUUGCCUCUGAAUAUUUAAAGUUGCCAAUAAAUGACUCUGUUGGCAGGUUGAUGGGGAUAUAAAGGCUGGAGCCCAGCACGACACUUAAUUAUACAGAUGGGUGAAGUGCAAAGAAUUAUGCCUUAGACCAAUGUUUGGACCUUUGAGAGUUUUUUUUUUUGUUGUUGUUGUUUUUAACCACAUGUCGAUGCUUAAAACCAUCUAGUUGUUUAACAUCUUUUGAGUUCUAGGGAAAAAGAUGUAAACCAAUAGAAACAAGCUGAUUGUAACAUCCUAUGUGGGUAGUAAGAAAAAGAGUCAAGGCUUUUCAACGGUGACGUUGUAGAGUAAUGAAACUGCUAGUUCUUAUUCCUCAACAAUUUGGGAGACAAACCUCGUGGAGGGGGCACACCAUGAUCGGAGCAGCUGAGGUGUAAAACUCCGCGGUGACACCCAGAAUGACAAUCACACGUGCUCUGUGGACGAGCAGCUCUGAGUUCUGCAGAGGCAGUGGGGCUGAGAUCAGGACGGCAAUGGCGUGCACAGUCAGUGCCCACCUGGACAGUUGUCCCCCGCGGGCUGUGAAGUAGACCGGACCUCCCUCAGGAGGGCUGUGUAUGGAGCCUGGUGACCUCCCUGGGAGCCUUGGAAACCCUGCAUGGGGCCAGGAGCCGGGAUGCUGGUGUCUGCAUGUCCCUGAGGUGGACCCAAGAUUGUGCUAAAAUUUCAUGAUUUGAGAAAAAAUUCUGGACACUUGCCCAACAGAUCAGUGGCUUUCCGUGUACCCUACGGCGGGUCUUCUUGUAGCACACGGCACGCGGUCACCGUAUUUAUAAUAAAGAGUGGCUGCGGCCGUGCUUUUU